AUGGCCAUCAUCACUAAGCGUGCGACCAAUGUCCCUAAACGCUCGUCACAGCUAUCGUCGUGGCUAGGUCAACCACUACAUCCGCUGCUACCGGUGCGCCAGCCCUCUGCCCUGCCUGGCAGGCCCUCUACCUCCCGGCCCAGAGCCGCGACCGGCCAGUUCAUCCGUAGGGGCGACGACGGGGAUGGGGACGCGGACGAGGAUAGAGACAUAGACGGGGAUGGCGACGCCGAUUCUUCUUGCGUCGUAUACGACCACCCCAAGGAUGUGAAUACGAGCGUCGUAGGCACAGAGUUUGACCCUCACACCAGCACCUCGAUCAUCAAGUCCGGAACGCUGUACCCAUCGCCAUCCACUAUCAUCCGGCCAGUCCAAGAUUGUCUUGCACUCGCCCGGUACGAAUGUCGGGGCAACGAGGAAAUGCUCAUCCGCACCUGCCAGUGGACUCGUCGCUUCCACAUGAAGGCUACCGACAAUAGGUUCGGCACCAACGCUGCGCUACGUAGCCUCAAGGGAGACACCAACGCCCAGGUCGAUGGUUACCUGUCUGAACUAGGCCACCUGCACUACGGAUCGCCCGCCCGCGGCCACGUUGCACAGGUCACGACCACCGAGGCCGGAGACGAGUCUAACGAGGAAUUUGAUGGAGAAGUCUACAUCGUCCCCUGA